AUGCCCGAGACACUCAUCCCAUCCCAACUCUCACCCGAUGUCCCAGUGCGUCUUCAGGUCCUCUCAUUCAUUCAUAUAUAUCCGAGUCGGGUCCGUUUUCCGCGUACCCGCCGACCAUCAUUUCCCUCUGUGAUCCGCGGGCCCAGACGUGAUCGCCGAGUCGGCGCUCAAAAAAUGCUUGACGUGAGGGCGGAGAGGCGACGGGGGAAGACAGGGGCCGCUCUUCAGCCUUCGGCCGUGAGCCAAUACCGCGAAAACCCCCCUUCUCUCAUGCAAAGACUCGAAGGAGAUCCGCCAAGAGUUUGCGGCGAUCAAGGAGGCUGGGUGAGGGGGCGAAAGAGAAAAGGUGAAAGGUGAGGGAGUAUAUAGAUCGUUUGGAGCACUUGGCAAAUAUUGGACGCUAGCUGACACGGAAGAUACAUCUACCAUUCUAAUUUUUGCGGUAUGAUGUUUUUACGGUGUUUGUUGUAAAAAAGCAAAAAAAAAACAUCGAAAAAAUCACAAAUUUUGUAAAAAAGUUCAAGAAUUUAUUUCAGUUGAAAUCAUCUAUGAAUGUAUGAAAUCACAGGAUAUUACGAGGGUCGUCAAGCCAGAUCAAGGCUGUCUGAAGAUCAGAUAUAUCGGAAAAAUCCCAAAAAUUCAAAUUUUAAUGUUAUCCAUGGCACACUAGUCUUUGAUGGCCCAAUUUAACUUAUUUCUAUUUCAAUUUUUUCGUUAAACUACAAGAAAUUGUGCUCUAUUCUCUGCAAGUCAGUAAGAUGUCACAGACAUUCCAUGAAUCCCCUCAAUCUCAGAAAUAUCAUCAAAAUUUGCGGAGAGCGCCAGACAAAACUCCCGGCAUGUCUUGCGGCGAAAACGGAACAAAAACGACUGGCCCGAUCCUUGACGAAAGCAGGCCCCAGGAAAAACAAGGCCUCCCCGUCGAUCCUACCGGGACAGCUGUUUGACCUGUUAUCAGUGUGUAUGUUUAUGUGCGUCUUCCGCACAAGUAGUCGUAGUCGAUCGUUUGGAGAGGUUGAAGGGCGGAAAACGAUGGGGCGGAAGAUGCGGUGAAGAAUGCAAAGGGCGGUUCAAAGAGUGCGAGGACAAUGGGACACAAUGGCCGUGA